AUGAGUGGAUGCGGUAGGAGACAUCGCGCUAAACACCUCACGCUUCAAUUUCUCGAUGCUGACGGAUGGAAGGGACCAGCGGCUGGUGAGUCGAUGGCAGUGUGCAUCGAGUCCCCGCAGAACCAACACGUGCGUGUCCUUCUAUUUGGUCCCAACAGCACAAUUAGCGGUACUGCCGGCAGUGAUGGAGAAGUGAAUGGCAAUGGAGUCGCGUCGCCAGUGGAGUGUGUCGUCUUCGUCCCCGGCAAGUUUCGCAAGGUGAUUUGGCUCGCUGUGAAGGACGUCAUUGUGGUGGCAGAUGGCACUACCGUCGCCUUCAAGCCGUCGCCGGAUCAACUGAAGACUUUUUUCCGCGACAACCCCGAGUGGAAGUCACGUUUGUUAGCGGCGCAAAAAAUGGUGGAGACGUGCAAGCCUGCAGUGGAACAGUUGCCACAAUAUACGAAGACUGCCCACACGACAACCUCCGUGCUGGACAGAGUCGGGGAGGAGCACUUCUCGAGCGGUUCCGCCAGCAGCGCGGGGGAUGAGGAGAGGGGAGACAUGAACCCUAACAGAAACAACAUUAGGCACAGAACGCAACUUUUUUACGACAGCGAGGAAGAGGAGGAGGAAGAGGAUUAA